CUUCAUGGAAAUACUGGAAGAAACAGAUGGUGUGAUGGUGGCUAGAGGAGAUAUGGGUAUUGAAAUACCUCCUGAGAAGGUAUUUCUAGCACAGAAGAUGAUGAUUGGUUGCUGUAACAGGGCAGGUAAACCUAUGCUGGAGAGUAUGACAAAGAAGCCCAGGGCCACCAGAUCUGAAACCAGUGAUGUUGCUAAUGCUGUCCUGGAUGGUGCUGACUGUGUUAUGCUGUCAGGGGAAACUGCCAAAGGCUCAUACCCUCUUGAGACUGUCAGGCACAUGCAUAAGAUUUGCAGGGAAGCAGAAUCUGCAGUAUUUCAUAAGCAGCAGUUUGAAGACUUGCGUAGAGAAACCCCUUUAUACACAGAUUCUACGCACACAACUGCCAUUGCAGCUGUUGAGGCAUCAUUCACUUGCAUGGCUGCAGCUAUCAUUGUCAUCACAACCACUGGCAGGUCAGCCCACUUGGUGUCUGCCUAUCGUCCUAGAUGUCCUAUACUUGCUGUAACUAGAAAUGCACAGAUUGCCAGACAAGCCCAUUUGUAUCGGGGUUUAUUUCCAAUUUAUUAUACUGGUCAAGGUGGAAGACCAGAUGAUAUCACUAAACCAGUGUUUCCAACAAAUGAUGUGGUCAAUCCUGCAGAUAUACCGUUUUACUGGGAGUCAGAAAUGGAUCAGCUGUUAACAUUUGCACUGAAUAAAGCUCUUUACUUUAAGAUUGCUGCACCAAAAGACCCCAUUAUUUUAGUUACAGGCUGGAAACAUGGAGCUGGUUUUGCUAACACUGUACGACUUGUACAUUGCCCAGAAAUUAAAAAUGUGUCUUUAGGCCAUAGUCAUAUUCCUAAGUUAGCCUUUUACAUUGGUGAGGAUUAA